GUCGGGCAUGGCAGCCUCGGUAUAUGACAGCUACCUACCUGUUUAAUGCGCAAUGUGUAUAGAUUUAUGUAACGGUUAGAUGCCAGAGCCUGGUGAGCCUGUAGGGAAGGCACGUUGCCCAGCGGAUCACACAGUGGCCGCACCUUCUAUUGUUUUGCGGCACGUCUGGCGAGUAAUCGGAAUUAAUCUUUCAGCUCCAAUUCCUUCUUAACUAUCUUCUGGCCCUUUUCCCCGUUCUCAUAUCCUUCAAUAACUUCUGUUCGAUUUUGAUACUGUCAAAAUGGCGUACCUACCUUCCGCUGAAGUUGAGACUGUGAAAAAUGCGGAUAUCAUCUUCAUCACUAGAAUCUACGAGCAUGACCCGAAUGGCCUGUCGACAGGGCAGUUGGAGCUCUCCAUUAACCCUUUGGCUAGCAACCCCGGAGGACUUCAUACUAUCAGCACAUACGUGCUUUCAAGGACACUCGGCGUCGAUAUGAAGACUUUGGACGACAAGGCAAACAACGAUGAGUGGUUUAUACACAUGGAUUGGAAGUACGAGACUGUCUACCCAAAAUUCACCACAAGACAUCGUGUUAUCUCUGGAUCGUCUCUGUCAAUCCAUUUUGCAGGUGGAACUGCAUGGGCAGAGAAUAUUGCGAGCAAUCCGGCCUUUCAGACAUCUCAUCAAUAUAUGCCAGUACCGGAUUAUCUGCGGUGUCCAACGUGGGAUGUGGGCCCGGAAUCUCGAGAGCCAUACUUUGACGCCGGAAGUACUGAUUCGGGCAUGUCACCGGAACUACCAUCUUGGAGGCCUUUGCUUGGGUUUCCAGAAACCCCGCGUUCAAUGUCACCGAGCUCUGGAGACGACGAGUUCUCCGUCUGUUCAGACCCUACAACGGUUGGGAGCACUAUCUGGGAACAUACCACACCAAGAUUCUUCACUCCUCCUCCCUCGAGGCAAAACUCGUCGAUUGUGCAGAGUAUCAACAAUUACUGGAUCGGUCAGCAGAUUCAGCUGCAGUUUCGGGACGAGGCAUUUCUGAGGCAGAAGCAGGAUGCUGAGGAUCUCUUUGCUAGGACAGGGGAUGUGAGUGGUUUGAUUGCUGUGAUGGAAGCAGCAAAUAGUUUCUCGGUGUCUUGAUAGUAUUUACGAACGGCCUAGUUUUG